AAUGUAUCUAUAGAAUGUAGAAAUAUGGGCUGAUAAAUUCUUUCAAACACAGUAGUAAAGCUGUACAGUUUGUUUAAUGAUUACUUUCAUUAAUGUUUAAUUUAUCAGCUCACAUUAUACAUGCUGGAAAUGUUAGAUACAGCAAAAUCAAUAUAACUUCAGAACUGGUAAACAGGAGAUAAAUCAUUUUAGAAUUGAACAUGGCAUUAUUUGAUAUCUUAAAUACAUUGUUAAUUGAUUGCGUUGCCAGAGUGAGUGAUUUCAUUCUUUUUUGUUUGUUUCUGUACGAAUUCGGAUGUAAUAUUGUUUUUGAAAAACAGAUUUAAAAUUCUGCCUUUAGUCCCAGGAGUCCAUAAAGUUCUGUGUAAAAAGGGUAUCAUUUUUCUUUGAGAAAUAAUUUUUUUAAAGUGUCUGAAAAAAUAUAUAAUGAUUGGAGAAAAACAGUGCAUUCGUGGCCGUCGGGACUUACCGACGAGGGGUGCGGGGAGUUCGUCGGGUUCGGAUGAUGGAUCGCUCCCAAGUAUGACCCCAGAAGACAGGGAAUGUCUGCAUGCAAAAAUGUUCCUUAUGAAGCAAAGACAACAUGAUAUGCCAAGCCUGUAUGACCACCUUUCCAGUCUAAUUGCAACCCUCCUGGAUGGCGAGACUAACCUUGGUUUGAGCCAGCUUGAGGAAAUCAGUGAGACAAUAAAGAGGGAACGUAUUGAGGUCCCUUCUGCCCCUCUGAGAGAUGACCCGGGAAAGUCACACACAGAGAACCUUGCAAAAGCCCAGUGGAAUUUGUUCAAGAAAAUGCCACAAGUUGGUCAGAAUGACAUUGAUAACCAUUUCGAAGAAAGCGAUGGAUUUAUAGGUGUUCCAGAUAUUGUCCGCCACGCAGCGUUCUUUGAAAUGGCGGGAAUUGGUCUUCCCCGAGAAGAGAUCAUAAGAAUGUCAUUAGCAUUGACAGAGUUAAUGAUGGAUUAUCCUUUCAUAAAGAGCAUACGUUUUUGGGGUAAAAUUCUCGGCAUCUCACGGAAUUACUACAUAGCAGAGACAGAAUUUGGAGAAGAGGAGUACGAAGAUGACACGAGUGUAACGAAGGAAGCCGAACAUGACAAUGAUGAACUGCCAAGUGAACUUCGAGAGGAAGAAAGCAGCCUAUUCGAUGAUAUGAUGUUACCAGAUGAUCUCAAGCCCAUGUACAAGCCCCCACCAAAAAUUCCCUGUGAGCCAGCUGGAAGCGGAUUAAACAAGAAAGUCUAUUUUGUAACAUCAGAGCCGGGACUGCCGUGGGUUCGACUUCCGCAUGUAACACCAGCCCAGAUCCAGGUUGCCAGAAAAAUCAGAAAGUUCUUCACAGGAAAUCUUGACGCUCAGGUUGUUUCAUAUCCGCCAUUUCCAGGCAUUGAAAGAAAUUACCUGCGUGCGCAAAUUGCUCGGAUAAGUGCAAGCACACAAAUAUCACCUCUUGGUUAUUUCCGGUUUGAUGACGAGACCGAAGAAGAGGAAGCUGCAGAGGAGACAGGUGAAGCUCGAGGUGAUAUAAUAAUAGACACAGAGUUUGAAGGUAUGUCCAUAAAAGAUCUGGCAGAUGGAAGUCUACAGGCCUGGGUUCAUCAUUCACCGGCCAUAUUACCACAGGGAAGAGCGAUGUGGUGGAAUCCUGUACAGCCAAAAGAAGAAUUCAACGAGGACGAAGAGGACCAAGAAGAUGAGGAUGAAGAGCGAAAUGAACCAGAUGAACCAGAACCAGAAGUAGGACCACCCUUACUGACUCCUCUAGCUGAAGAUGACAGUGUUGGAAAUAGCCCUGCUUGGAUUGCAUGUACAAGCUCGAAAUUCAUACCAGAGUACGCCAUUGCCCUGCUUCAGUCCAAUGUGUGGGUCGGUGCGAUGGCGUUCGCAGCUGACAAGGGCAAAUUUUUUGAAAAUCUGUAUAUCGGAUGGGGACAGAAGAACCUCGAAGAUGUUUUUGAGCCUGCAUUACCCGAAAUACCGCUUGUUGAGUUUCCAAGUGGGCCAGAAAUAACAGAAGCAGACGACCCUACUCCGGAAGAGGAAGCAGCAGUGCGUGCAGCUCUUCAGGAAAAAGAACUUGAAGCUGAAUUUGAACAAAAUAUGGAUGAUGAAGAUGAUGAUGAUAUAGUAGAUGAUGAUGGCGAAGGUGGCGAACAGUUUGAUUAAAAAUCUCCCUAAUAUUAAGUAACUGUGUAUGCAAGGCGACUUUUUAGGCUUGUAUCUUGGUUUAGGAACUAACCAUUUCAGUUGUUUCGGCUUUUUGAAUUAUGUCAUUUUGUCGUGACAUAGCUGUGAAAAUGUCGGUGUGUGUCACUUUUUUUAAACACUACAUUACCAAUUAGUUUGGUGUUUUGUCACUUCUUAUAGAAGAUUAGAGUAAAUGUUUAUAGGUUUUGUUAAAAGUGUUUGUCUUGGAAAUUUUAAGUUGUAGUUUUGUCAGAAAACUAAUACACAUAUACAGUGAUUUAUCUUGGCAGUGAUGUAGACAAAAUAUGUAACUGACCAAUGUUGGGAAAUGAAACAUGUAGUUAUUUUUACUAAUAGUUAUGAUCAGUAAGGUCAUUUUUAGCUCACCUGAGCCAAAGGCUCAUGGUGAGCUUUUGUGACCGCUCAAUGUACAUCAUGCAUCGUCCAUUGUGCGUUGUCUGUCCGUCAACAUUUUCUUAUACUAGAAUGUGUCUGUAUACACUGGUACAUUUGUCACAAAUAAGGGGCAAUAAUUCAAA